AUGCCGUCGCGCGCUGAUCUGGCCCAGCAAGGCUUUACCGUCACUUCGGCCAAGGCGACAAACGGAGAGACAGUUCACAUCAAUGAUCUAACCCCCAGGAUCACCGUACAGCGUUGCGCGCAUCCUCGAGUUUCUCCCGCCGAGCAUAGCGCAGAAGAAGGGCUCGCGUCACCACUCGAACGAGCUGCACGUCCGCCUCUCGUUGUACUACCGUCCGAACGACUCCCGCCCCACGUCAAGGAAGUGCUGCUGUCUCGGUAUGAGUACCUGCUCACGGAGAAGGAGAUGGUUGCAGACCUGCUGGACGCGUAUCGCACGUGUUGCGUGUGCGAACAAUGGGCCGCUAGUCAGGACACGGUCCGGUGCGAGGUGUGCAAGCAGUUCUACCACAUGAGCUGUCUCAACCCGCCCCUGCUCGCCAAGCCUGCAAAGGGCUACUCGUGGGCAUGUCUUGCGUGCACGAUCCAGCGCCGCAAGGAUGUCGAGUCGGAGAAGUACCGGUUCGUCUCGAACGGAGGCUCAGCACCGCCGCGCACAAAGGCGCAGUCCAGGAAAGAGAAGGCUGCGGCGGCGGCUGCGAAUGAGAAGAUCUUUGACAAGCCAGACGUCAUGUUCCGUGGCUGGCCGUGGAGUUUGCAUACUCGUGCUGAGGACACGCUGGACGCCGAGGAUCUGAUCUAUCCCCGUGCCGUGACGCGCGUGGGAACCAAGUUCCAGGCAAACGUGAUGACGUGGGAGGAGCAGCAGCGCGCAGAGGAGAAGCGCCAGUCGUCCCUGCUGGAUACUGGCUCGUCGCGGUUGAUUCUGGAGCGCGGCUACGACCCCGGAGAGCAGAACCACGAUCCGACGUUAAUGGUCCUGAGCGAGCCCAGCGACGACCUCGCCGAUUACAUGGAGGAGGUGCGCAGGAUGAAGAUGCCCGUCCCCCCUUAUGACGUGCGCCGGCUGAACGCCGCCGUGGAGGCAUACACUGCCUAUGGCCGCGACGACGCCAUUCGGUACCUGAAGUCUCUCAAGCUGGCCGACUUCAACCCCAUGGUGUGGUCUGACGAGGAGACGCGGCUGCUCGAGGCCGAGUUCGCAAAGUGGAACGGCCUGCAGGCCUCGGCCGCAUCCAAGGUGCUCGGCAAGCGGCCAGCCGAGGUCGUGCGGUACACGUACAUGUGGAAGAACAAGAAGUACAAGGCGGAGAACGAGCUCCUCCGGCAGCACCGCAAGGUGCACUCGAUCCACGGGCGGACGUCGUCGACGCUCGGCCCAAUUCCGCUGGGACACGUUCGCCGCGCCGACUCUGAGAUGCCCGACGACGACGCGAGCUCGCUCUACAACGCCAACUAUGUACGGGACCACAAGCUGCAGUGCGCCGUGUGUUGGACGCGGAUUAGCAACGUGUGGUGGAAGUGUCCGCGCUCCGUGACCGGCAACGCGAUGUGCGAGACCUGCGGCUCCAACUACAGAAAGUACGGCGUGCUCUCUGCCCCUAAAGCCGAGGACGCGAAGCGCGACUAUCGCAAAGAGCCCAAGAGCAGGCGCGGCGCCAAGGCCGACUCGGCGAGCGGCACCUCGACCCCCGUGCCCCAGGGACCGCCGAAGCUGCCGCCGUGCUCCCUCUGCCGCCGCAUGGAGCCCAAGGCGAGCAUGGCGCGGUGCAAGACGUGCACGUUCUCGGCCCACGCGGGCUGCUAUGGCAUCAAGCCCGAGGACCUGGGUGCCGAGUGGGAGUGCGAGCUGUGCGCCAACGUGACGAACGAGGAGAACAACCUCGACAUCAAGUGCAUGCUGUGCCCUCGCGACCAGGCCAGUGUCGCGCUCAAGCUCGCGCCGAAGAACAAGAAGCCGCCUGCCGACUUUGACGUCCUCUCGGCGCUCAAGCCGACCGAGGGGUGUCGGUGGGCGCACAUUAUUUGCGCCUCGUGGACGCCCGAGGUGCAGUUCAGCGACGGCACGACGCUGAAGGACGUGGAGGGGAUAAGCGCGAUCCACGACGCGAGCUGGGAGGCAAUCUGCACGUUGUGCGGACAGGCCGAUGGCGCCAAAAUCCCCUGCACCUCGGGGUGCGGGGCGGUGUACCACGUCUCCUGCGCUUAUAUGGCAGGAUACAAGCUGGGCUUCUUCUUCUCGCCCGUGAAAGCGGGCAAGCGCGACGUGACCGCGACGAUAACGACGUUCAAGGACGACGCGGGGAUCAUGAGCCCAGGCGUGUGGUGCAAGGGGCACGAGCCGCCGCCCACGACAGCGACGACGGACAUGUUCGAGCUCGACCCGGAGCAAGGCGAGUGCGCACUCAACGUCUACAACAAGACGUACAAGGCGAUCCCCUCUGAUGAGCUCUUCCCCCUCCUCCGCAAGGCGAAGCGGCUCGACCGGUUCGAGCCUACCGUCGACGAGGUCAAGAUUGAGCUCAGCGAGGACAAGGACGUCGUCAUGACGACCGCCAAGACUUGCGCGGUCUGCGGCGUCGACGUGUCUCCGCGCUGGCACGAGUCGACUGCGGGAUUGGAGUGCCACAAGUGUUGGUACGCGAACAAGCCGGAGACUCGACCGGCGGCCGUGGCGGCGUGA